UUUAAAUCUGCUCCAUAUUAAAAUACAGAUACACCCAUAGGAAGUCAACUGUGAGAGAUAUCUGUCACUGAUAUUGUAACAAUUUGAUGCGAAGUCAUGCUGAAUUCAUAUUCCAUGUCGUCAUGUUGUUGCUACGUUUUGUCAGGGUCAAGAUUAAAUUGGAUUUGAUUAAUAUCUUGAUCAAACUAUAUUAGGCGGUGUGCAGUGAAUUAUUUCUCACAGUUCACUUCGCACAGUUGCAGCGGACACAUAUCGUGAAAUAUUCAGUGAUUUUUUUCUGUUUUUAUUUGAAAUUCGUUUAAUUCAAUACUCCAUACAAAAUGCGUUUAGGAUCGGUUAUUCCAAAUUUCAGUGCACAAACCACCAAAGAGCCAAUCAAGUUCUACGACUGGCAAGGAGAAUCAUGGGUGGUGUUGUUCUCGCAUCCAGCUGAUUUUACACCAGUUUGCACAACAGAAUUAGGUCGUAUGGCCGUUCAUAAAGAGCACUUUUGCAAGCGCAAUGUUAAACUUUUGGCUCAUUCCGUUGAUGACCUUCAAAGUCACGUUGAUUGGGUCAAUGAUAUCAAAUCCUAUUGCUUGGAUAUCAAGGGUGAUUUCCCAUACCCAAUAAUUUCCGAUUCAAAUCGUGAGUUAGCCGUUGCUUUAGAUAUGAUUGAUGAACAACAAAAGGAUGAUCCAGAAAUAGCAAAAACUGUUCGUGCUUUAUAUAUCAUUGAUCCAAAUCACCGCUUGAGACUAUCUAUGAUUUACCCCAUGUCAACUGGUAGAAAUGUCGAUGAGAUUUUGCGAGUUAUCGACUCAUUGCAGCUAACAGACAAAAAUCCAUACAUCGCCACUCCAGCCAAUUGGACGCCGGGAGAAAAAGUGAUGAUCUUGCCAAAUGUCGAUGAAACUCUAGCUGACAAAGUUUUCCCGAAAGGAAUCGACCGUGUUGGAAUGCCAUCAGGCAAAAACUAUGUACGAACCACUACCAACUAUUGAGAAUUUUUAAGUGUAAAGAAACAGCCAUUCAUUCAUCGAUGGAGGAGAAAAUAUGCCAUUUUGUGGGAAAUAACUUCCCAUCGAUCGAAAUGAUUUGAUGUUGAUAACACAAUUUUCAAUUUGUUUAAUAAAAUUUAUUGACAUGA